UUGAUUGGCGAGUUGGUGAAGUGAGUAGUAUGACUAGUAGUAUGGCAGCUACAUCAAAGCCCCUUGUUGGCCAGCGUCGCAUGCAGCCGUCGACCUUUGCCCUUGACGGACGCCCAACCUCCAGUGAAUCAUUUGGUACAAUUCGGAGGAAGUUUCUCACAGCUCCUGUCCCAGAGCCGCCAUCUGAUGCUGAUGAUCAAGAUGAAUUCUACAGGCCUCCAAAGGUCAGUAGUGCAAAGGGAAAGAAGAAGAAGAAAAAGGCCAAGAAAGAAUCGUUUGAUCUGGACAUUGACGAGAGGGAGAAAGAGAGACUUAAAGAAUUAAAGGAGUGGUUGGAUACAGAUGCUGACAAAAGUGGGAUACACCAUGAAUUGAAGAUAGCCAUGUUGAAACACAUGAGGGUUUUGGAUGAUCUCGAGAAGCUUAAAGCUCAUUACUAUCUUGAAUACAUGGAUGCACUGACAGACAAGGUGGAGGAGCAGCGAAAAGACAUUCAGAGGAAGAGUGAGCUCAACAGAAAACGAAGGCUGAAGAAAGAGAAAAAGGAGCGAGAAGCAGCCCAGAAGGCAAAAGUCCUGAUGCAUCAUCCUGAGGUCUCCACUGACAAUACCUUUUUGAGAGGCUUGUCAAAAACUAAGUUCCAUAAUAUUGUUAUCUUGCAAGACCAUCUUGCGAGGGAGGGGCGCCUGAGGACAGACGAGCAUGUGAGGGCCUACUGGGAGCACAUGAGCAAAAAGGAGAACUACCGGAAGAUCUUUGGCGAGGAAGGAACGGAACACCAGGAUGGUGUGGGGACCAGUAUCGGGACCAAACCUACAAAGACAGAAGUGGAGAUGGUGGUGCCUGGUAGUGAUGCCCUCAGCCAAGGCUCAGGAUCAGACUCCAUCCCCGAGAGCGUUUCCAUGGCCUCGCUGCGUCAGCUGGAUCCCCACCAUCCGGCCUACCUGGACCAGAUCCAGGAGGUCAAGGAGCCCUCCAGGCCUAACUCCAUGGGAGGACCUUACCUCCAGUCCUGGAUCCAACAGCCCAAGACCAAGAAGAAAGCUGUACAAGCAGUAAUGACUAAGAAGCCUGUUCAUCCGAAGGUCCUGGAAAUGGAACAAAAAUGUCCUAGGGUUGAAUUCCCUAAAUUGGCAGCUUUCACCCUUGACCUCGAGCCUCCGAAGGAAGACCCUGAAGUGGAGCUGAUGCGGGAGGAAUUCCGGACGAGGGCUCGCCUACGCAACGCUGAAAUCAGUCGACUUCGCAAGAUGUACCAGUCUUCCCUCACAAACAAUGCAGCGACACAGAGAAUAUUUGAUAUGAAAGAUGAAUUCAGCAGAGUAUUGAAUGGACCGUCCCUCGGUGAUGUGCUGUAUGCCCAGGACCCAUCUGAGCAGCUAACCCAUAUCGCAAGGCGGAUGGCUGAUGAGGCAGCUGAGGAAGAGGAAAGAGUGGAAAGACUAGCCCUGCUUCCUCCCAGCUCCUCAUCUCCCAGUCGAGGACCAAGCCGGAGCAACCCUGGACUACCCAGCCCUGGCUUCGCUAUUGAGAGAAUAUCAGAGGAAGGAGAUUUAGAUGAAGAGGAGGAUGGGAAAUUCAUCAUCUAUUCCAGCAGGUCAUCAAGCAGACGAAGUUCCUUGACGUCUACGGAAUCAGAGAGAAGGAGGAACAUGCCUGUCACUCCAGAACCACCCCAGCCGCUCCCUCUGACGUUGGGUGCAGUCAUGGACCACACCGACACCAAGGUUGUCAAGUGCCCAAGCACAUUGUGGAUCAAUUACGGCAAGUUUCUCCCUCCAGUAAAAUGAUAAUUGGAAGGAUCCAGAAGGCCAGAGGAGAAAGAGUUAUGAUUGUUACGGUCGUUACACAUGCUGACACUAUACACUGUCGAAAGAUGCUCAUAUUGCAUGUGUCUUUCUUCUUUAAAGUGACGGUCAAAUGUCCAAGUACAACAUGGAUCACUUGUUUCAAGUUUCUUCGCAUAGUUAAAUGGUGUUUUGAAGGAUCCAAAGAGAGAGAGAGUAACUUGAGGGCAUUUCAUCAACAUUUUUCA